GCGGCGCAGCGCGCUUAAGGAAGCGUUCUUCAGUUGCUGGGAUGAGCUUGACAUGGAGCUCGUUGUUGUAUGGACGGCUACUUUUCUCGGGUUCUGUGUUGUAUUUUUAACUUACUUUACAGUUGCUGUUUCUGCGUUUAGAUUUAAAGAUAUAUACUGCAAAAUAUCGGACUACUGUGAGUGUGACUUCCAACCGGAUAUCAAAGCAGGACUGGAGUGGGACCUCUACCGCAAUCUUUAUGGACAACAUUUGGCACAGGAGAUCAUCUCGGAAGCUCUGGAUAAGUUCCUCCACAAUGAUAGCCCAGAAAGACCACUUGUGUUUUCUUUUCACGGUUCAUCUGGUACUGGCAAGACCAUGGUCAGCUCAUUAGUAGGGAAAUACCUUUUUGGGUCAUCCUUGAGCAGCCGUUCCAUACACCACUUCAUACCCACGCUUCACUUCCCUGAUUCUGGCCAAAUAGAACAGUAUAAGAAAGAGCUGAAAAGCUGGAUUGAAGGAAAUCUCACAGAAUGUGCCCGCUCUCUCUUUGUCUUUGAUGAAAUGGACACCAUGCCUUCAGGUCUCGUUGAUGUCCUCGCUCCGCUGUUGGGUCCUUACCACUUGGUAUAUCAAACAAACUACCGCAAAGCUAUUUACAUUUUCAUCAGCACUUCUGGCAGUGAAAUAAUUAAUCACGUCACACUGGAGGCAAGAAAGUCUGGGUUGGACCGUGAGGAAAUUAGAAUAGAAGACCUAGAAAAUCUUCUGUCUCAAGCUGCUUAUGACUGCAAAGGUGGGCUCUGUCAUUCAGAAGUCAUUCGCACAAAGCUCAUCUCCCAUUUUGUACCUUUUAUGCCACUGACACGUAGACAUGUGGAACGUUGUGUACGCCAGGAAAUUUGCCAUCAUGGACAGUGCCACCGUAAAGACAUCAUCACCAUGGUUGCCAAGACCAUGGGGUAUCAUCCAGAAAGUGAAAUGCUUUUCUCACACACUGGCUGCAAAACUGUAUCUGCUAAGGUGGACUACUAUCUCUGAGAUGAAGACCGCCUGUGGUGUACUCAAACCAAUCUUCACUAGAGAGACUGCUCAGUAUGUAAACUGCUCUGGUAAAUGAGGAGGUUCCAUCUUCACUUGAAGUGGGAGUAUCGGCUGACUUUCCAUAAUAUCAUUGCAUUGGGUGCAAUCUAUACUUUAAUUCAGUUUACCUAAAAUAAAUGGGAUCAUGUCAAAUAAGAAAUUGAUUCUAAAAGGACACAGUCGGCAUGCAUAUAUUAUUGUGUAAUAUUUACACCUUACUUUGAAAACCAAGUUCAGUUUCAAGUAGACCUAUUUCAAACCUCCGGUGUACAACAUAAUACAAACAGAGGUUCAGCAUGUUUGAUUGCCAGGAUCUUGCAUGGCAGAAGGAAGCAGAAUAUCUUCAGUUAGUUUUUGAGGCAUUGUCAGACAUUUUAAAUGAAGACAGAAUUAAAUGUGAAUGUUGCUUAUCCUAUCA